AUGGACAGAGACUACGAUGGCGUUAGCCCGCGAGAUUUGGCACAUGACAUUGUGACGAGGAGUGACGAGCUGUUGCAACAAAUGACACAGUUGCGGCAGAAAUAUCAUGAGAUCCGAGGCCCGCACCUGAGCAUCCCUGGUCUGACAAUUCUGAUGGAUGCCGUCAGGCAGGAGAGAAAGGCCGCAAAAUCAUUCUUGGACGAGCAAACGAACGGCUCGGCAGCCUCGGCUGGCGGCCCAGUGGAGGCUCGUCCUGCAGAGUCUCGUCUACGCUUCAGCAACCUGCCUGCUAUCGAGCGCAACUGGGACACCCUAAAGCGCUGUCGCGAUCUGGUGUCGAUCGAGCAGUCAAUACCAAAAACCCCAAAGGUAGAGGUCAAGGAGAACGGUGGGCUGAUUGUCCAUCGCAACCGGGGCGGCCAGGCCAGCCACAGUACGGGUAUGGUCUAUGUUCAUGCAGUCGUCGAUGGGGGAGCCGAAUGGCUCCGCAUAAUCAGCAAGGACGAGAAACGAAUACUCCUUGAGCUCGCUGCUGGUGGGUGGGAUUGGGAUCACGAAGAAGGGGACACAGAUGAGGAGGAUGAUUCUGAACUGUUCGAGGAUAUCCCCAUUCUUCGCACUGCAAAGGAACUUGCAGACACCGCUCGCAAAUAUUGGCAUGACUACCACCGUCCGAGGAUACGGAUCCUACUCAGCCGCAUACAAGAAGGCCAGAGUAAAGACAUGGACAGAGUCAUCAAAAAGUUGCGCAGUACUGGGGGCGAUGACAUAACCGUCACCGUCGACUGCGCAGACGCACCGUGGACUUCUGGUGAAACCUUACCGGACAUCGAUACCGCAUUAUCCAAUCUUGUACCUAUCGAGGACUUGGGUCGGUUUGGAUCAACCGUUAUCCUAGACACAAGCGUCUUGAUUGCUCUGAUAUCGGAUAUCUCGCACGCUACUGUGGACGUGCAGCCGUGGCAUAGCCAGGACUGUAAGGCUCAGAUUCGAGAUGAAGCAAAUGGCACCAACUUCUUAACGGCACAGGCUUACCCACCACUUCGAGGGAAGCGGCUGGUCUGCACAAAGGAAGCCAUGGAGCAUUUUCGUGAGAUAACGGCCACGAUUGCAAGCCCCACGGAAUUGGAAAGAGCGCGGCUUCUUUACUCUGGCGGGCCGAAAGACUUUCAGAAGCUCUCCAUCCACCACGUGCCAGAAGACCUCAAGUUACCGGUGCAGGUGCUCUCCGAGGAGACUGAUCUACGCGCCCAGGAUCUUGUGCAAACAGGCAGGCUUCCGAAGGUAGCGAUCAAUGCUGAGACACACCUGCUGAACGUGCCCGGGAACCGAACCACUCACCUGUAUGGCUGGUCCUCCGGGCUGACGGUUGUUACGAGCAACAGGUCGCUCGCGAAGAGGUUGGUGCGGAUGAUCGAGAACAGCCUGGAGAGAGACUACGACGAUGGCCCCGUAAUAUGUACGUUGCCUUACAACCGGGCUUUGGCGACCAAAGGCCCUAAGAGGGUUGAGUGA